AAUGACAAAAAAUGUUUGAGAACCACGGACCCACAGAAUGUGGAUCAAGGGAGAGAAAAACGGUUCUUGUUCAAUAGUGCUGCUGUGCAAACGUGUUCCUUUCACCUACAUUCAACCUACUUACCGGUCACAGGUGAAGAUUUGAUGUUGUGUUCCCACUAAUAAUAGCUGAGAAUCUUCCGUAGCUUACUGUAGCGACCAGGUUUAUUUAUUCAUUCAUUCAUUCGUCUGUUUCUUUUUAGCCAGAUGUACGUACGGAUUUAUUUUGAAUUUUUUUUUUCUACCGGAAACACAUCUGUUGUCCAAUCUGACUUAACACCCGCGAGCGUAUGGAUUGGAAAGAUUGCACCGUGGAAUCAGGAAGUUCAGUAAUGUAUUUGUGUAAAACAGUAACCUAUGUCCACCAGCACUGAGGAGUCCACAGCUGUCAAACUGCCCCGUGAUGCUAGCUGGACCUGUCAACCAUGCGGCCCUGGGAAGGAAAUGGGAGCCAAGCCAUCACUGAUGGGGGGCACAGGGCCCGGCUCUGCACUGGUUCCUUCUCCCAUUCUAGAAAACAUCCAGGCAGCAUAUGAAGCCGGACAGGUGGAGGCUGCGCGGGAGCAGAUCCAACAAGCCUGCUGUGUGGAGUGCAGGGGAGGGACACCACGCAUUGAUGGGCUCCAUCUCCUGUGUAUGGCCACCAAGCAUGGUGAUCUGGAGAGUGUGUGUUACCUCCUGAAGGAAGCCUGUAUCGCUGUGCCCCCAGAGCCAUGCAACAACAACCCCGUCAUCCUGGCAGCAUACUACGGCCACACCAGCCUGGUCAAAGAGCUGCUGGAUUCUAUACCUGGCCCAUGUCUGAGGAAAGACUUGCUGAACUGGAUGCUGGCCACAUCUUGCCAACAGGGUCACCUGGAUGUGGUCCGACUGCUGAUCCAUCGCUACGAUGCUGAUGCCAAGGACUGUGCCAUUCACAGCAAUGAGUUUGCCAUCAUCACUGGGCUGCCACUCUAUGCUGCUGCUCGAGCAGGCCAUGUGGAGAUAGCUUGCUUUCUGCUACAGAAUGGAGCAGGAUUUUCUUCAUACACCCUGGUAGACCAUCCAGCCUUCAGCAGACACCUCCUGAGGCUCAAAUUAGAGGAAACCUCCAACACAGAAGGGAAGGAGGCUGUCAGUGUUUGUUGGAGUGGUCUGCAGCUACCCUGGUUGGAACUGGACUGGUUCAUGGAUAUGUCUUCACAUAUCACCCACCUGGACCUGUCAUCCAACAGCCUGGUUGCUUUGCCCUCUGUGGUACCCUGGGGUCUCAUCCACCUGCAAACUCUCAAUCUUUCUAACAAUCUGCUGAAAGAGCUGUCUUCUGCCUCCAGCUCCCAGGAGGUGAUCUGCUCCAGUUUACAACAGGUGAAUCUCUCUCAGAACCAGCUCACCAGUCUGCCCCCUGGACUUCUCCAUCUGACCAACAUCCAGAGACUUUCUGCUGCCAAGAACCAGCUUACAGUCCUGUUUGACAUCCCCACCACUACUAACUGGAUUGGUCUUCGUAAGUUAAAGGAGCUGGAUGUGUCUAAUAACUGUCUGACCGGUCUGCCUACGGCAAUCAUGCACUGUUUGAGAUCCCUGAGCUUCCUCGAUGUGUGCACGAACAAACUGGGCAACUUUCCUGAGCCCUGGGCUUGUCCACUGAAGCAAUGCAAAGCUUCCUCCAAUAUGAUCGAGAGUCUUCCAAACACCAUCUCCAUCUUUUGGAGGACUGAGUUGCAGGAGGUGGACUUCUCUGACAACAGCCUGAAGGAACUGCCCUCAUAUAUCUUUGAGCUCGAGGCUCUGGUUUCACUGAGACUGUCUGGGAAUCAGAUUGUGACGCUUCCUGCCCCCAGUAAGUGGAAGUGCUGUCAGCUCAGGACUCUUGAUCUUUCCAGGAACCAGUUGGGCAAAAUAGAGGAGGGGCCUAAAUCAAGGCGGCUGGCCUUCCUGACUACAUGGAACAGGAGGGACCCAGACCCAGUGUGCCCCAUAGAGUUUCCCACGAUUCUGCGGGAUUCACUGGAAGUACUUCUUUUGAAUGACAACCAGCUGGACUGUGUUCCGCAGUCAGUGUGUGGUCUGCACAGCCUCACUGAGCUUUACCUUUCCAAUAAUCCUGGAAUCCGGGAACUUCCAGUAGAGCUUGGUCGGCUCUCCAACCUGUGGCACCUGGAUGCUGAAAAUCUCAAUAUUACUAAUGUCCCCCAGGAUAAAAGAAAAGAAGGUCCUGUAUCUGUCCUGGCUUUCCUACGAGCACAACUUCGAAAAGCAGAGCCUUGUAAAAUGCUGAAGAUGCUUUUAAUUGGUCCACCAAGGCAGGGGAAAACAGCCCUUCUGGCAGCUCUACAGACUGGUAGGGUAUUGCCCUUCACCCCAGCAGAAUGCAGUAUCUCGACCUCCAUGUGGGAGCUGGACAAACCUAACGGAGGGAAAAACAGCAAGGACUCAGUGAUAUUCAAUGUGUGGGAUCUCGGAGGCCAAGCCAGCAUGUCCACAGUGAACCAGUGUUUCUUUACUGAUAAGGCCCUGUAUGUGGUAAUCUGGAACCUGGCCCUGGGAGAGGAAGCUGUGGCCAACUUGCAGACAUGGCUGCUCAAUAUAGAGGCACGAGCACCAAACUCUGCAGUGGUGGUUGUGGGAACACAUUUGGAUCUCAUCGACGCCAAGUUUCGCACUGAGAGACUGGCCACGCUGAAAGCGUAUAUUCUGGCCCUGUGCCGAUCUCCAUCAGGUGCUCGAGCCACCGGCUACCCCGACAUCACUUUGAAGCACCUACAUGAAGUGUCUUGUAAGACUCUGGAGGGUUUGGAUGGGCUGAAGAAACUAAUCUACCAAGUAGCUCUCUCCAUGAAAGACAGCAGCAGUGCAGCCUGUGGAAAUAAAUUGCUGGGCAGACUGAUCCCCAGGAGCUAUCUGACACUUCAGGAAGCAGUGAUAGCAGAGAAACAGAGGCGAGAUUAUGAGGAAGAGGUCCAAUACCUAACUGAUGCUCAGUUGGACCACAUCAUUGAACAGAACCCAGAAAGUGACAUCAGAGACUAUGAGGACCUACAGACUGCCAUCAGCUUCUUGAUAGAGACGGGGACCCUGCUGCAUUUCCCUGACACCAGCCAUGGUCUGUGUACCAUCUAUUUUCUGUGUCCUGUGUGGCUAUCUGAAUGCCUGGAGAGGAUUAUGAACCUCAAGUCUUCUCGCUCUGUAGCCAGAAAUGGAGUGAUCCGAGCUAACGACCUUAGGAUGCUGUUUAUAGGAUCAGGGCUCACUCAGCAGACAGAGGAACAGUAUUUUCAGUUUCUAGCCAAGUUUGAGAUUGCUCUGCCUGUGGCCAACAACAGCUAUUUGCUACCUCACCUCCUUCCCCCCAAGCCAGCCAUGGACAUCCAUGGCUUCCACCAGCAGACCAACAACACACAGAGGAACCGCUGCAGCACCUUCAGAGUACGUCGCAGCCAGACCAUCUACUGGAAGGAGGGGCUGCUGGUCACUUUUGAUGGAGGUUACCUCAGUGUGGAGUCGUCGAACGUCAACUGGAAGAAGAAAAAGAGUGGAGGCAUAAAGAUCAUCUGCCAGUCAGAGAUGAGAGAUUUUUCUGCCAUGGCCUUCAUCACAGACCACGUCAACUCUCUGAUCGAGCAGUGGUUCCCCGCUUUGACAGCCAGUGAGAAUGAUGGGAGUCUCCUCAUAGAGCAGUACGCACCCUGUCCUUUCUGUGCCUCACUGCACCAACAGAAGCAGGCCAAGCUCCUAGCCAGCCAGCCCAGCCUGGUUGAAGGAGAACGUCAUGAAGGAGAAGAGGGGGUUCAUUACUUUAACAUGGAGGACUGUGUACUGGCUGCAGCAGAGAAGGACCACAUCAGUUGUCCUCAUCAUCCUCACCAACCAGUCCCCCUUCAGGAGCUGGUCCCAGAACUCUUCAUGACUGACUUCCCCAAACGACUCUUUCUGGAGAAGGACCUGCUGGAGUACUCUGAGGAGGGGAAUAACAUCCUCGGCCAGGGGGGCAGUGGAACCAUCAUCUACCAAGCAAGAUAUCGUGAGCAGCCUGUGGCUAUCAAACGCUUCCACUUUAGGAAAUGUCGACAGCAGAUGGUCAGUGGCGACACAGAUACCAUGGUGAAACAUCUGCAGUCUGAAGAUGCCUUUCGGAGCUUCUCUGAAUUCCGCCAGGAGGCCAGUAUGUUGCACUCUCUUCAGCAUCCGUGCAUCGUCUCUCUGGUGGGCUUCAGCAUCCAUCCGUUGUGCAUAGCCCUGCAGUUAGCCCCCCUGGGCAGCCUCAAUGCUGUACUGGAGGAGAAGCGCAAAGGCAGCAGGUACAUGCCCCUUGGUCACAUGGUAACCUUCAGAGUUGCCUAUCAGAUUGCAGCAGGAUUGGCAUACCUUCAUAGGAAGAGCAUCAUUUUCUGUGACCUUAAAUCUGACAACAUCCUGGUGUGGUCUCUGGAGGUGCAGGAUCCAGUCAACAUUAAACUGUCUGACUAUGGCAUUUCUCGACAGUCCUUCCAUGAGGGGGCACUUGGGGUUGAGGGCACACCAGGGUACCAAGCUCCUGAGAUCCGACCAGGCAUCGUAUAUGAUGAGAAGGUGGACAUGUUCUCCUAUGGCAUGGUGCUGUAUGAGCUCCUGUCUGGACAAAGGCCAGCACUGGGAAACCACCAGCUUCAGAUAGCAAAGAAGCUCUCUAAAGGCAUCCGGCCAGUACUGGGCAGUCCAGAGGAGGUCCAGUUCCACUGCCUCCAAAGACUGCUGACUGAAUGCUGGGACACUAAGCCUGAGAAGAGGCCAGUGGCGAUGCAGUGUGUGAGGCAAAUGCAGGAUCCCAGCUUCCCCUGCCUCAGAUAUUUAUUGUCAUGUGACAAUCAGUCGCAGCUCUUUCUGUCCCAGCUGCAGGGAUACAAUGCUGUCUUCUGGAAUGGAAACAAGGACGCCAGGAACUACAGUGUGGUGAAUGUGGAGAAAGGCCAGGUGGAGGUGAAGAGGAUGUCCUGUCCAGGCAGUAGGAUUAGCUGUCAAAUGAAGAUGUCUAACACGCUGUGGAUGGCCACUGAGGAACAGGAGGUGUUUAUCUACAGUCUGAAGGACAUGUGUCCACUCAGUCAACCCCAGAAACAGUUCUCCUGUCCAGCCAUCAUCACCUGCCUGUUCCCUGUUCCAGCAAGAGACCAGAACCUGGCCAGAGUGUUUGCGGGGAUGUCUGAUGGCUUGGUGGCAGUGUACAGCUUGGUGGAGGACCUUCCUUUGGAGGGGGAAACCUACCUGUGUUCUCACACCCUUAACAAAACAGUGUUUGGUCUGAAGGACUCAGAUCCCAGACAGAGACCCUACCCAGUCAGGAGCAUGACUCUGGUCAACAGUGACUCCCAGUUAUGGUUCUCCAACGGUCCAGGUGUGCUGGUCAUCGACUCUCUGAGCCUUCAGGCAGUUCGAAGGCUGGAGCCUUACAACCCACCGUCUUCCAUUGUAUCCAUGGCAACCAGCUUCAGUCUGUGGGGAGAGGAAGCAGUCUGGACCCUGGAUGACUGUAUCAACACCCUGUUGCUCUACCAUGCUGCCUCCUACAACCUCUGUGCCAAGUACUGCUGCGGAGACAGCAGUCCUCUACGGGAUGUCUUCAUUGUGCAGCGUCCUGCAGGAGUUACCUCAGUCACAGCCAAUGACCUCAAGACCACGGAACAAGAAGAGAAUCUGGAAAGAGCUAGUGGAGAAAUGACACUGAUCUACACUGAGGAGGGGGGCACUCAGAUCAUCCAGCACCAGGAUUCACUGACAGACUACUGCUCUAUAUCAUCCAACUGCUUCCUGGAGCUGCUAGGGUCAGAUUGUUCCAGCACCACAGGCCUCAGCUCACUGCCAGCAGAUCAUGAUGAGAUGGGCAGAGACCAGGACCAGCAAGCAUGCACCAGCCUCGAGUCUGCAGAGACUAUGAACCCCAAGACACCCCAGCUGCAAGCCUUCACGGUGCUGCCAGUGAAUGGAACUUUGUGGAUCCCCAGGCGUGGAGGUGAUGUGAUUGUCAUCCAAAUGCAGUUACAUGGCAGUCAGCUGAGGGGGCGUGUCAUUGCUGUCCUCAGUCCACCUGGAUGUUCCUCUUUGGGCAUCCUGGAGGAGGCAGCAUUAGUGGCAAAGGAUACAGUUGUAUGUGCCUUUCAUAAGGAAAACAUGGAGUGGUGCCUGUGUGUCUGGAGGGGCUGGAGCUACCACGAACUGGAAGUCUUCUACCGCUGCUAUGAGGAACUGGGUCGCUUGGAGACUAGCAUGACGAAAAGGAGGUAGUUGUUGUAUGGCGACAGCGAGGCACAGAAUCACAGCUCUGUAAGGAGGGCGAGCCAAGGGGAAUUACACACCGACAGUCUGCCAGUGUUCAGUGCAGGGGAUGCCAAAUUCUGACAUCAGGGAGGCAUAAGAGGGGGAGGAGGUCUGCCACAAGGGCUGAGCCUCAAGCUGUGCACAGCGGUUACAACCCUCCACUACAUAUCUUAGUACCAAUAAUAUGUUGAGACUUGAAAAAUCAGUAGUCCCACAACAUACAAGGCAUGAAGCUGAGUCACAGAUGAAGGUUGCCAGAACAAAGCCUUUAUGCUUUAAUGACUGACUUUACAUCUGCACAGAGGUUUUAAAGUUGGCUUCGUUUUCAUAUCUAGUGCUACAGCACAUGCCAUAUUUAGCUACUGGUUUGUCAGCUGUUCAGUUCAAGAUGUGGGCUGCUUGAGUCUGACUCCAGCUACUGCAGUCUACUGUGUUUGUUUGCUUGGUUGGUUUCUUCUGCUCCUUUUUUGUUCUCUAUAUCAGUCCUCUUUAACUCCUCCAAACUCUGGAAGUGACAUGACAGGAUUUUCUUUAAGGGACAUAUAUACUGUAAACCGGUAUUAGUUAAGCUGGUGCUGCUGGGGAACAGCUGUGUAACCAAACAGGAGGUUGUAGACGGGCGGACGGCCCCCUGACACUGACUCUGUCAGUUCCUCUCUUUUCCAGUACAAACUGUGACAUAUUAAUCUGAGGCUCAGCUCCAACUGUUACCAAAGUGGCUUGUACACAACAAACUAACAGCUGUGUUCUGUGCAACAUUAUGCCACAUCGAUUGUUCUCAGCUUUUGUCAUCAAGGAUAAUCACCUUUAUUGGCCAAGUAUGUUACACACAAGGAAUUUGUUUCCGGUACAGAACCAAGGCAGCCAC